AUGACAUCUGAUUGUGCAAACAUUAUUGUUGAAGAUUUCAUUAACGAAAUAGAAAAUUGGUCCGCAAUUUGGGACCUAAAGCAUGACGACUACAGCAAUAAAAAUGCAAAACGCAAUGCGUGGGAAGCAGUAAUAAGUAAAUUUGUUCCCAAUUUCAAUGAUAUGUCUGAGGCUGAGAAAAAAGUAAUUGGUAAUUCAUAUCAGCGAAAAUGGAAAAGUCUACGCGAUUCAUAUACGCGAGAAUUGGCAAAGCAAAAAAAUGAAAUAAAAUCAGUUUCUGUAACAAAAUUUCGAAAAAAAUACAUAUUUUUUGAUCAACUCAGAUUUUUAGAUAGUACUACAAAACUUACAGAUGAUAGUAUAGAGUUGAGCGAUCAUGAAGGAAAUUUAGAAGAAAUUGAUGCAGUAGCUGAAGAAAAUAUUAAUAAAAUGCCCUGUAAAGGAAAACCUAAGAAACGGCAUUCUGACGAAGAUCUCUUAGAAGUUCUAAAAAAACUAUUAUCAACAAGAGACAAAAAAAAGUUUGGAUUAUGA